CGGGCGCUGAUUGGCCGCUGCAAAAGACACGGACCGACCGAGUGAGCUCACGCUACGCCAAGUUCAGCAUCAGGACGACGUCUCAUGCUACGAAGGCACGUCUGCAUGCUGCUGCUGCUAGCAGCGGCGGUCGCGGCCCAAGUCGACUAUCUCUGGACGCCGGUGCGCGCCACGACGUGCGUCAACUGCGACGUGCAGAUCACCGUGCCGAGCUGGAAGGGCCUCCUCGAGAGCAAGGGCCUUAGCAUCGCCAACCUCAAGACGUGCGGCCUCGGCAACGUGACGAUGACGAUCGAGUACCCGUAUGGCAACUACGCGCGCACGUCGUCGGUGACGCCGACACUCAACUGGACCAACUCGGACCACGUCGCGUACAGCGUGCAGGACACGACCGCGCAUGUGCCUGCGACAGCGGGCGCGAGCUUGCUCUCGAUCCCGCUCUCGCCGGCAGCGAUCGCGGCCUUUGCGUCGGAUGGCCCGUCGACGCUGGUGCUGACCAACCUCAACAGUCCGUUUGUCAACGCCACGUACACGGGCUUUGGCUCGAUCUCGGUCACGGCCGCCAACAUCAGUCCCGCCUGUAUUAGCAGCGGCAACGGCAACAACAACAUCAAGCAGACGCUGCUCGAGCCCACGAAAUUCAAGAUUGGGCGCAACUUGACCGGCCUCACGCUCUCGCUGCAAGGCAACAUCACGGCGCCGGCGCGAACCAUUGGUACGUCGACCGAUGUCUCCAUGACGUUGAUCAGCACGGGCGUCGUGCCACCCAACACGGUCUUCCAGCUCCUCUCGGCGCUCGAGCUCUCGCACUUCAACGACGCGUUCACGUCGCUCGCUGGCGUCCGCCUUCGGUUACCGCGUGGCGAGUACGAGUGCGUGCCGUACGCGGGCGCCCCGCGCUUCACGGGUGCGCUCAACGGCACGUUCUUUACGACGCCAGACGAUGCGCUCGUGCCGCAGAACACGGCGUUCACUCUCACCUUCCUCGGCGUCUCGAACCCGAACGCGACGAUCCAUGCGCUCCGUGUGUUGCAAAUCAACGCGUAUUACGUCAACCCGACCAUCUUGGUCAACGUGCUCGGCAGCACGUCGGGGGACACCAAGUACUACACGGUGCUCCAGGCGGCCUUUGACGGCGCCAACAACGUCUACGACCUCGCGUCGACGAUCCUCUUUGGCAUCUGCCUCGUGAUCUCGCUCUUCAUCGUGUACAAGCACGGCCUGGCGUUUACGAGCUCGACCGUGUGGACGGACCUCGUGUCGAUCUCGGUCGUCCUCGCUUACGUCUGUUCGUUCUCGGCGUACUUUCUCUGGCUCUUCCGCCCGUCGUCGAUCUUUGUGUACCUGACCGCGGGCCAGUACCUCUUCACCACCGUCAUGAUCGUCUCGCUCUGCUUUCACUGGGCGAGCGUGCUCCGCUUGCAGCUCUUUCGGAAGCUCACGUUCAAGUCGCCCGUGGUCUUUAUGUACAUGGCCAUCAACAUGGUGCUCCUUGGCGGGCUCCUCGGCUGCCUCAUCGUCUUUAGCGGCCAGCUCGAGUGCGUCUACACGGCCAACGUGACGGGCGCCUUGCGCUACAGUGCGCUGGUCGAUGCGACGUCGCCGCCGCCCGCCAACGGGUACCAAGUGCUCGACUCGCUCGCCAUGUGCAGCAUGAACGGCUACUACGUGCUCCUCGCGCUUGGCUUUAUGGUCUUUACGCUCUUCCUCGUGCUCUUGGGUGGCGCGGUCAUGUGCCGCGGCCGGUCGCUCAUGCUCUCGGAGGCGCAGCCCGUCGACGACCGCAUGAACAUGCGGAAAUCGCUCACGAUCUUUUACUGCAUCAUUGCGAGCACGGUGGUCAUUUUCAUCAUCUCGGACAUCAUCUACAUCGCCUCGUACAUUGUCGCGAAACCCAUUGAGCGCGACUUUAAGGACUUUGGCAAGACGCCCGGUCCGUCGACCAACGACCAGCGCGUCUCGACGUUUGUGUGGUACCUCUUCACGAUCUGGCUGCCGCAAAUCGGCCCGCCGCUGCUGUUGCUCUUCCUGCAUUACGACCCGAAACGCGAAGACGACAUGCUGGACGAGAUCGCGGUGCUCUCGGCGCCCAAGGACGCGUACCGAUGCACGAACCUCGGGUCGCUCGACACGCCCGAGUCGGAAGCCGUCGGCGACCUCAACGUGUUCAAGUCGCACCGAGACCACGGGCGGCGGUACGUCGAGCGCGCGGGCACGUUCCUCGAAGACGUCUCCAACAAGCUCCACGUGAUCGUCAAGCUCAAGGUGCCCGAAGGCGCGCUGCCGAGCGUCUGCUACAUGUCGCUGGCCUUUUGCACGCUGCGCACGGCGUAUCGCGGCGAGCAAAACAACCGUGAAGUGCUGCUGCACACGCUGACCAAGGACGCGGUGUGGAAGCCCGUGGCCGAGACGGAGCGCCUCAACGAGGCGAUGCCUGGCGACGCCGACCAGUUUCGGAGCUCGACGCUGGGCAUGAGCAACGUCCCGUUCGUCGCCGUGCUCUCGAUUCCGGUGGCCGGCCUCGCGCCCAACACGCUGCUUCGGUUCCUCCUCCACGCAUCGCUGCCAAGCGAAGACGACGAGGACGAGGAAGAUGACGAGGCGGUGACGCUGCCACCGAUCCUCGAGUUUGUCACGACGCCGCAGGCCGUCAUGGACGCCGCGUCGCACGGCCAAGCGCUCGUGGUGAGCGUCGCGGACGCGCAUGACGUCACGUGUCAUGAGCUCGUCGUCCGCAAACCGUCGUCGGCGUUCGCGUACGUCAACCCGAAGCUGUACCACGACACGAAGCUCAGCGUCACGACCGUCUCGAUGGGCGAGGCGAGUGCGGGCGACGAGCCGUCGCACCAGAACAUGGGCAACAUCAUUCGGUACUUUCAGUACGAAGCCGAGGUCGGCGACGGCGGCCUCGUCGUCGAGGAGCUCAAGGAAAGUCGGUUUGCCAACAGCAUUCCUCGGCAGCUCCUCGAUCUCUUGGCGGUCGAGCGCGCCGACGACGUCGAGGUGGCUUCCAAGGACGUGGCGGCAUUUUUGAGUCUCAAAAAGCCCACUAAAGACGGCGGGUUUUACAACCAGAUUCUGCAGACAAUCCAGGACGAAGGCGACGCGACGGUGGUACGCAUGUGGCUCGAAGACCGGCUCGAGCGGCGGAAAGAGUACCUCUCGCAGCUGCGCAAGACAUUCAGCUGCUCGUCCAGCGCGACAAUCAAAAGCGGUAUUUCAAGGCCAGCGUCGAGAAAAAGUCCCGCGACCUCAAGUUUGUCCCGAUCAACUUGCAUGUGGAAGACUACCUCGUCGGGCCCACGAACGCGUUUGUGAAUGAAGAGAAGCGCAAGUCGUCCCAGGACGUGUCCAUCUACGAGUUUACCACCGUGGGCGCGAUGGCCGCGCACUGCUACAAGUUCAAAUCCGGCGGGCUCACGUCCAUGGUCAACAAGGUGCUCAAGCUCCAAGCCCAAGUGGCCGAGAACGAUAGUGGCCCGCGCUGGUCGGACCAAGUCCGCGCGCUCGACGACCUCAAGUGGGACGUCAAGCUGCGCAUGGACGUGUGUUUCUCGCAAGCGCUCUCCGCGCUCGUCGCGAGCUUUGUGCGGAAGAUUGAGCUGGCGCUGCAGAGCCCCGACAUCACGAAGGGCGAGUCGAUCCUCAACCAGCUCAGCCGCCUCGGCUUCCUCUUCCAGGUCGAGUCACUGCUCUCGACGCACGGCAAUGAGAUUGGGAUGCUUGAAGACAUGGCGGCCGCCGUCGAGCGACUCUCGACCGUCGCGUUUGUGCUUUUGGACGUCCGGGACAAGCCGUCCGGUCGAUUUUCGUUCCGGAAGCGGCUCACAAUCAAGGAUCUGCAUGCGAGCAGCGACCACAGCCUCAACGACGAUGUCGUGGUCAAAGUCCACGUGUCGGAGAAGCCCAAGAGCUUGACCAACUCGAGCAUCAAGUACGUUGUGAGCGUGCACGUCAACUGCACGGACACGCCGCUGCCGGGUCGUCUCAUGGACGGCGGCGAGAUUACCGUGACGCCGCUCCUCUUCACGCAAGGCAUCAACGAAAUGCAAUCGAUCGCCAACAGCACCGAGCGCGCCAAGACGGAGCUGCAAGACGCGAUCAACCUCCGCAACCUCAAACCGCUGGAAGACUUUUGCAACCAGUACAUGCGCUCGCACCAGUCGUGGUCGCUGCAGCGGGCCGCCAAGCGCAAGGGCAGUGAUGGCGACGGGCUCUCGGAAGCCGAGAUUACCCGGCAGCUGCAAACGCUGCGUCUCGCGAUCGAAGAGUCGGCCAGCAGCCUCGUCAAGACCAAGCGCCCGGACAUUCUCACCAAGUCGUCGGACCUCUGCCGCGGUCUCGGCGGCGGUCGCGUCACGAUCUGCAAGAGCGCGAAGGACCGCACGGCCAUGUCGGUCACGCUCGAGCAGGUCCGGAUUCUGCACCGGUUCCACGGCCUCCCGGCGUACAAGGUCGCGUCGACGGUCGCCGUGAUGCGCACACAUGGCGUUCGCAUUGAGAACGCGCUCAAGAACACGGGCAAGCGCCAGUUUGCCUUCAACAAGCUCCAGCGGUACGCGAUGCCCGAGGACUACCGCUGUCCCGAGUCGGCAGGCGGCACGGGCAACAUUAGCUAACCGUAUCAACCUCAAUAUUACUUGCAUCGAUCCGA